CUUCCAGUUGGAGCUCAGUUGAAGGGUCAGGACAGCUGAGGAAGUGGGCCGUCUCGGGAUUCAGCUGGUGUAGAAACUCACUGUGCUCCUAAACCCUCUAUCCAGGCUAGAAACUAGAAGUACUCUGAAAUAAAGAGGAUCCACUUUUGUUUGAUUUGCAGCCCCUGAAAGGCUCUUCAAACUCUCCCUGCCAGGAACGAUGGCUCUGCCUAUAAAUCCCAUGGACGAGCCCCGGAUGUACCAGCAGACUCUGCUCCAGGACGGCCUGUACGACCUGCUGGAGAAUGACAAGCUGGUCGACUGUGUGCUGAAGAUCAAAGACAAGGAGUUUCCCUGCCACCGGUUGGUGCUGUGUGCCUGCAGCUCGUACUUCCGCUCCAUCUUUCUGUCCGACUUGGAGGAGAGCAAAAAGAGAGAGAUCGUCCUGGAGGAUGUGGAGCCUGGUGUCAUGGGGCUGAUCCUCAAGUAUCUGUACACCUCCAAGAUCAAUGUGACAGAGCAGAACGUCCAGGACAUCUUUGCUGUGGCUAACAUGUACCAGAUCCCUUCAAUUUUCACCGUUUGUGUGUCUUUCUUACAAAAGCGCUUGAGCCUCAGCAACUGUCUGGCUAUCUUCAGGCUGGGCUUGAUGCUGGACUGUCCCAGGUUGGCCGUGUCCGCCCGAAACUACGCCUGCGAGCGCUUUCAGCUCAUCUCCAGAGAUGAAGACUUCCUCCAGCUGCUCCCCAGUGAACUGGCAGCCAUUUUAACAAAUGACAAUCUGAAUGUAGAGACGGAGGAGUCGGUGUUUGAGGCUUUGAUGAACUGGGUGUCCCAGGACGCAGACAACAGAGAGAAAGAGCUGCCAGGUUUGCUGGAUUGCGUUCGUUUGCGUCUCGUCACCGAGGAUUAUCUGAGGGAAAAAGUGGGGAAACACAAAUUCAUCUCAUCGAAUCCUGAGCUGCAGCAGAAACUCCAGCUGGUGAAGGAUGCUCACGCAGGGAAACUGCCAGAGGUUCCAAAAAGCAAAAGCAAGAAGGAGGAUGGUGGAGCAACAAAAGAUGGAGAGAGUGAAGACAGGGAGGAGGAAGAGGGUCUUCUCCCAGGCAUCCUGAAUGAUAACCUGAGAUUUGGGAUGUUUGGCAGGGACUUGAUUCUGAUGGUGAAUGAUGCAGGUGCUGUGGCCUACGACCCAGCAGGGAAUGACUGUUUUGUAGCGUCGCUCUCCACACAGAUUCCCAAGAACCACACCAGCCUGGUCACCAGGGAGAACCAGAUCUUUGUGGCUGGAGGAUUAUUCUUUGACGAACACAACAAGGACGAUCCACUGUGUUCCUACUUCCUGCAGUACGACCCAGUCAGUGCCGACUGGCUCGGGAUGCCUCCCCUCCCGUCUCCACGCUUCUUGUUCGGACUUGCCGAGGCCGAGAACUCCAUCUUUGUGGUGGGAGGGAAGGAGCUGAAGGAGCAGGAGCAAAUGCUGGAUUCAGUUUUGGUCUAUGACAGACAAUCAUUUAAAUGGGGUGAGUCUGACCCAAUUCCUUACCAAGUUUAUGGACAUGCAACAUUAUCCCACAAGGAUGUUGUGUAUGUGAUUGGUGGAAAGGGAGAAAACAAGAACUGUCUAAAGAAGAUGUGUGCAUAUGACGCAAGGAGGUUUGAAUGGAAGGAGCUCGCUCCCAUGAAGACUGCACGCUCAUUAUGUGGAGCCACUAUUCAUAAGGACAAAAUAUAUGUGGCAGCAGGAGUGACUGACGAAGGCCUGACAGACACUAUGGAGGUGUACGACAUCGCUACUAACAAGUGGUCAGACUUUGUGCCGUUUCCUCAGGAGCGUAGCUCUCUGAACCUGGUGUCUGUGGCUGGUUUGCUCUACGCUGUAGGAGGUUUUGCCAUGAUGCCUUUAGAGGACAGCGAUGAGAUGGUUCCAAAAGAGAUGAACGACAUCUGGAGGUAUAAUGAGACGGAGAAGAAGUGGACUGGGAUCCUCAGAGAGAUCCAGUAUGCAUCAGGGGCCACGAUUCUGGGGGUCCGACUCAACACUCUGCGACUCACCAAGAUGUGAAACCACCUCCAGACAUCUGAUUUGGUUAACUGCAGUCCAAAUUAUUUUACAGGAGUCCAGAGAUUGAUUCGGCGUCACAGACAUCCAGAUUCAGCUCAGUGUGUUUAGUGCUCUGCUGUUUAUUUGUAUUUUUACACAAAGCUGUAGCUGUUCUAAUUAUGAUUAUGCCUUAAUGUCACGGGCAGUUUUCUUUGUUUUUGAUGAAUAACAUUUUUAUAUAUGUGUUUCUGCAAUUUCACUCUGAUGGAGAUUGUUGCACCGUGAACAAUCAGUAGCCCACUGACAUUUUUUGCACUGUACGGAAUAAAUAAAAGUAUUUAACACCACCGUGA